UAAUGCGUUUGAAAAGGUGAAAUGUUAUAUGGUACGUUAUGAAGUGUCGUUGUAUUAUUGCCCUUCAUCAUUGCAGAUGGAAACAUUCAAAUUUCCCACUCAAAAUCACAGCCAUCAGUCAUUUUUUUUUCCUUAUUAUUUGCUAUUUUGGCAUUUACAAAGCUUCUUUUCAUAACUGCUGAUGAGCAGUUUUAUUUCAGUACGCCUUAUAUUAACAUGCUAAAUCAACAUAUUUUUUUUGGAAAUUCAGAAGGAGAAGGGAUCGAUUGAAGUCUUCCGGGAAAGCCCCGGAAAAUCUUACCUUUCGUUGGCAAAUCCUUCAUUUGCUUUUCAAUAUGCUCUACGACCAAGAACUUCCGAAUUGUACCAUUCGAUUUUUCAUGAGGACCCUUAUACAAAAUUUUAGUUCUUAACAAGUGAUUUUGAUCAGAAAUUGCAAUCGCUGAUAAGAGAAAGUUAUGGUAUCAAUCCAAGUAUCGGAUACAAUGCCAGAGUAACGUCGCUCAUUGAUAGACUACAGUUUAAUGAGCAGUGUUGUGGUUCAGUGGAUUACAGGGAUUGGAGCAACAGUCGAUGGCGUACAUCAUACUGGACAGGUGUUGAAUUAAUUCAACAGCAACUACAGUUUGGUUUUGAUAUAGUACCAAAUACAUGCUGUGUACAGUUGACUGGUGCAACAUCGAUGAAUCCCGUUGCCCGAAGUUCAGCACGUUGUCAGCAGUUUCAAGCUAAUAAAUUAUGGAGACAUCAAACGGGUUGUCACGAAAAGCUAUUAGGCUAUCUAACUGCCCAGACGAUCAUAUUUGUCUCGGUUGGUAUAUCAUUUGCAGCAUUUCAGCUCAUUGGAAUUUACAUUGCCUUAUCGUUAUCACAGCGUGUGCAUGGGAGUAGUUGGCAUUACCAACAUAUAAACUUGAAAGCAAUUGAAACAACGGUAAGAUCUGCAUUAGAAAGAGGCAUGAAAGCAUGGAAGAAGUUAAGAUUUGGUAGUAUGGCUAGAAAAAGCAAGAAAAAUCGCAAAAAAGUAAAGAAGGGCAAAAGCAAAAGCGCCGCUGUUGCGCAGACAUUACCAGCGGAUUUAUGGAAACGAGUUGAAUCACGGCCUAUGAGCAACCCCAAUUUGUUAUGGAGUAACUCCAGAAUCGAAAAUAUCAGCAGAACACCAGGAGGAAGCGUUAAUUGUAAUGAAACAUCGGCCGAAUAUGCAAAGCUAAAGGAGUGUAGGUUAUCAGCGGCUUACUAUCAUUGUAAAGGUGAUCAAAAAUUUCUGGAACAAGAUUUUCAUGGAGCUUAUGCUGAUUUUUUAUGUGCAAUGAAGAUAUUAGGGGAGCACGGGAAUAUAACAGAUGAAUUUGGGAGAGAUAUGAAAAUACUGCGAGUGUAUCAGGAUAAAUGCUGCAUCUGUUUCUGGAUACUCUAUACAAUGGAAAGAAAUCAAAGUCUUCUUACGAAAUGUUUUGAAUGCUACGACCAGCUGAUUGAGAAUGAUCCAGCUCAUGCUUUUUGGUACAAAAGACGAGCAGUUCUUCUACGCGAUGAAUGUCAUAACUAUAAAUUAGCUUAUAAAGAUUUUGUGUUAUUUACUGCACUGAUGAAGGAGUACCGUUUGACAGUGGCAAAGGAGGAAGUGAGCGAUACCAUUUAUUGUUUUCAUGAAACAGUGAAGAUGGCAUGGUCGUUAGAAAAGGAGAAACAGAGGGCUAAAAAGCCCUUCCUAACUUCGGAUUGGAUAAAUUUAUGGGCUUUAUGUCCAUGUGACGAUAUACUACUCGAAGACUUAUUAUCUGUUCGUGAAGAAGACAGAAAUCCUCUGAAUAAAUCUACACUCGUUGAAAGUGCUUAUAAGGAUGCUUUGAAACAAACGGCUCGAGGAUAUCACAGUAUGGUUGUUGAUACACUACGUGAUGCAUAUGCAGAAGGCCAAGGGAUCUAUAGAUCUGAAGCAUUUUUGCUGCUCUCGUUAAUUUAUUCGCAAAUUGAUGACAAUGAGGUUGAUUAUUAUUUGGAUACUUUCAUAGUCCUUUGGGAAGUUGAUCAAUACAAGGUGCCAAUUCCUCGACGAAAGCAAAUUUUUAUGCGAUACAUGAGCUUAGCGCGUGCUCUGUCACCAUCACCUUUUGAGAAUCUCGACUUAUCCAUGUUUUCAUCCAAAGAACAAGCACAGUUUUAUACACAAACAGCACUCACAAUAAUCUUACGCUUGCAACUUUUGGGAGGUACGCUAGAAGAUAGGGUGGAGACGAAUGCAUCGAAUUUGGUCAAGUUGGAGAACAUCGAAAACUUAUGUGAUCGAGCCAUUAAGGCUGACAGGCUGUCGUUGCACACUGGCAUGCUAAGAGAAUAUACGGUGCUGGAGAUAGCACUAAUUGAUGGUGUAAACAAGCAUUCCACCUGCACACUUGCUUCACUUAAAGAAUACAUUGAAGCUCAUUUUAUUAAUCGAGAUAUUAAUGAAGCGAUAAAAUAUGGCAUGGAAUUGGAGAAAGAUUUGCUAUUUCCUGGUUUAAUUGCAUCUUUUCUUCUGUAA